UUGCAUCCACAUCCAGUUCCAUAACUUAAGAGAAGAUUUUGAGAAGAGAGGAUUUAGAUAUAAUGGAGAUGAGCAGGAAGAUGAUGAUUGUGGCGAUGGCGAUGGUGUUGUUGGUGGUGGGGUCUCCGGUGGCUGAUGCGGUUAUUUCGUGCGGCGCCGUGAGCAGCGCAAUGGCGCCGUGCAUCCCAUACUUGAGGAACCAAGGGCCUAUUGGGGCGGGUUGCUGCAGCGGGGUUAAGGCCCUCAACAGCCAAGCUUCUACCACGGCCGACCGUCAGGCCGCUUGCAAAUGCUUGAAGACUGCCGCUGCCGCCAUCCCUGGACUGAACUUGGGCCUCGCCGCUGGCCUCCCCUCUCAUUGUGGCGUCAACAUUCCAUACAAGAUCAGCCCCAGCACCGACUGCGCCCAAGUUCGCUGAGUACCGCCACCAGUACUCAAUAAUAUAAUAUUAUAUAUCUACCAUUAUUAAUAAAUAAACACAAAAAAAAAAAAAGCAUGGGUGCUUUUGCUAUGCUUAUAUGGUGAUCCCAUUCCCAGGACAGGAUCCCAUCCUUUUGCUGGUUGAUGUUACUUUACUUUCCCAGUUGGUUCGGUCCAUGCAGACCAGUCCGGUGUCCUCCACUUUUUAAUUUUCGUACGUGUCUUAAUGUAUUUGAGAUUUCCUCUUUCCUCUUCC